GUGGAGCGGCGGGUUGGGGGGGUUGUUUGUUUGUUUAUUUGUUUGUUUGUUUAUUUGGGGUUUUUGGGGGGGUUGCAAGCUUUUUUUGUUUGUUUGCUUGUUUUUGUUUUUAUAUAAAAUGUCGGGGAGCGAUUUAAUAAUACCCGGAGAGGGGAUUUUAAUAGGCGGUAAGCGCUAUUCCGAGGUGACUAUCACGCUAGAAACCUGCCUGUUGCCGCCGGAGCGGCUAGCGCGCAGCCCGUCGGCCGUCCUCGGGCUCUCCGCCGACACCGAGGAGCAACUGCGGAUCCGCGGCUGCGAGGAGAUCCAGGCUGCCGGCAUACUGCUGCGACUACCGCAGGUUGCCAUGGCCACAGGGCAAGUUCUGUUUCAGAGGUUUUUCUACUGCAAGUCUUUCAUCAGACACUGUGCCGAGAUGGUUGCCAUGGCAUGUCUGCACUUGGCCUCUAAGAUCGAAGAGGAGCCUCGGAGGGUGCGCGAUAUACUGAACGUGUUUCACCAUUUAAAGCACAGCACAGAGCACAGGACGGCCAAGCCGAUGCCUCUGGAUUCCACCUACAUCAGUAUGAAGAGUGAAGUGAUCAGAGCGGAGCGGCAACUUCUGAAAGAGCUGGGCUUCUGCGUGCACAUCAAACACCCACACAAGGUGAUUGUGAUGUACCUGCAGGUCCUGGAGUGUGAGCGGAACACUAAGCUAGUGCAGAAGGCCUGGAAUUAUAUGAAUGACAGUUUAAGAACGGAUGUGUUCCUGAGAUUUAAGGCUGAGACUGUGGCUUGUGCCUGCAUUUACCUGGCUGCUAGGUCUCUAGAGAUCCCACUCCCUGACCAGCCAGCCUGGUUCUUGCUGUUCGGGGCCACGGAGGAGGACCUGAGGGAGAUCAGUGGGCGUGUCCUGCAUCUGUAUUCCGUGUGCUGCGCCCCGCUGGCCUCCCUGCUCCAGCAGGUGGAGGAGAGGCGCCUGGCCCUGGAGGAGAACGCGCACAGCAAAGGGGUUGGUGCCCUUGGCACCCCCACUCUGGACCCGCCCAGCAACUUCUCACCUUCCUCCAAAGGCACCUCACCUAUUGCUCCUCAGCAGAACCGACCCUCUCCGCUGUCGCAUGUGGCUCUGAAAAAUGCCUGCCGGAAGCUGGCGAAUGGGGAACAGAAGACCCGACUGAGUCACAGUGACGAGAGGAGAGACACUCGCUGUGUACCCUCUCCUCCUAGACGCAGACGUAGCCGCAGUGUGUCCUCUCCAUCACGCUCUGUCUCCCCCGCUCAUCGUAAUAAACCCUACGGAGAGCGGGAACGCGACAGAAGAAAAGACAGGGAGAAACGGAGAGAACAAGACAGAGAGCGAGCGCGGGCACGCCGAGACGGGUAUUCAUCUCACAGAAGAUGAGGCCGGUCACCGUGGCACCAGGAAGCCACACUCGUUUUCACUUUUCUACUCACUUUUGUAUGGGGUUUUUUUUGGACACAAACGAAUGGUCAAGAAUCUGAAGUUCCCACUCGUCAGUGUGUUCUAUGAAAUUGUUGCUGUAAGCGAGCAUCAGGAGUGGUGUGUCUCAAUGACUCAUGUCAGCAGUAACACUGGCAUGGGAAUGCCUUCGCUGUGCUGCCCAUGUGUGGGUCCUACUGGAGUCCUGAUGCUCUGCACUGACCUGCCUGCUUCCAGAAUGGCUGGAGAUCCGCUCAUAGGGGUCCAAGCACUCAGAUGUGCAGUGAUGCAGAAUCUAUUUUGAAAUAAAUUGGACCAGUUUUAUAA